UGUUAUAGCAGCUCAGAGGACUUUUGUUUUCUAUCUUGGUUUUUGGCCAAGGUGCAAAGGUGAGGUGAUGUUAGGGUUGUGUAAAAGGGAAGGUUUAAUACUGAGUCCUAUGCAAGGGCAGGCCAUUUAUCAUAGUGUAUCAGAUUCAUGGAAAAGUUGGAGAAAAUCAUUAAAUUUUUCUUCAAUUCUUCAUUUGUUUCUAGGCUCACUUUUUUCUGCUCCCUAUUCUGUCUCUCCAAGAAUGAAACAUGACUGAGGACUCCCAGAGAAACUUCCGUUCAGUAUAUUAUGAAAAAGUGGGGUUUCGUGGAGUUGAGGAAAAGAAAUCAUUAGAAAUUCUCCUCAAAGAUGACUGUCUGGAUAUUGAGAAACUUUGUACUUUUAGUCAGAGGUUCCCGCUCCCGUCCAUGUACCGUGCAUUGGUCUGGAAGGUGCUUCUAGGUAUCUUGCCUCCACACCAUGAGUCCCAUGCCCAGGUGAUGAUGUAUCGCAGGGAGCAGUACUCUGAUGUCCUUCACGCCCUGGAAGUCAUUCGCUUCAUCAGUGAUGCCACACCUCAGGUUGAAGUCUGUCUCUACAUGCACCGGCUGGAGUCUGGGAAGUUGCCUCGAAGUCCCUCCUUCCCACUGCUAAAGGCUUUUGAACAAUACUUGAACCUGGAAGAUAGCCGACUGCUGAGUCAUCUGAAGACGAGUUCUGCAGUGUCCAAACUUCCCUAUGAUCUCUGGUUCAAGAGGUGCUUCGCUGGGUGCUUGCCUGAAUCCAGCUUACAGAGGGUUUGGGAUAAAGUUAUAAGUGGAUCCUGUAAGAUACUAGUUUUUGUAGCUGUGGAAAUUCUCUUAACCUUUAAAAUAAAAGUAAUGGCACUGAACAGUGCAGAGAAGAUAACAAAGUUUCUGGAAAACAUCCCCCAGGACAGCUCGGAUGCGAUUGUGAGCAAGGCCAUCGACUUAUGGCACAAACACUGCGGGACCCCGGUCCACUCCGCCUGAACAUUCCUGACAUUGUGGACAGUCUGCCAGGCCUGCCCAGAAGGCUUUUUUGGGACAUGAUCUACUAAACUGAUAAUAGGGUUCUCACUUUGGUGCUCAAAGUGUAAUUGUUUUCCCAGCAAAAUUUAUUUAAGAUACCUGGAGUCGCUGGGUUGUGGAAUGGCAUCUUCUGAUUACGUAGAACUACAGAGUUCAAUUCUGAAUAGCAUUUAAAAAAAUAUUUAUUUUAUUGACGUAUAUAGGUGAUUCACACUGUGUUAAUUUCUGCCGUACGGCAAAAUGAUUCAGUUAAACAUAUAUAGACGUUCUUUCUCAUAUUCCUUUCCGUUAUGGUUUAUCACAGGGUAUUGAAUAUAGUCCCCUGUGCUUAUACAAUAGGAACUUGUUCUGAAUAGCAUUUUAAAAGAGCGUUGCUUGAAAAUAGCUCCCAGCUUGUAAAGCAGUUGAGUCAGGCUGGGUGGGUGCCUCAGUAAGCAGGGUGUAACCAAGCUUGCCCUGCGCCUCUCUACUUAGCACCAAGCUAGUUCCUUUCUGAGGUCUAUUUCUGGAAUGACAAACAACUUCCCUAUGCUGACAACUCGGAUUCGGCUUUUGUUGAUACAGUACCUGUUGAAAUCUAAGCUGACUUUCUAAUCUUCUGAAAUCUAAAUCUGCUUUCUGAGACUUUGUCUUGCUAAAUAGGUUUAAAUAAAGGCCUUACAUUUUUUUUUUC